GUCUUCAGGGAGUUGGAGCCUGCUGUGCUGUCCUGCCUCCAAGGCUACAGUGUCUGCAUUUUCACCUACGGUCAGACAGGGACCGGGAAGACCUACAGCAUGGAGGGCCCACCUGAGGACCCCGGCAUAGCUCCUCGGGCACUGCAGUCACUGUUCCGGGAGAUGGGGACGGGAGGGCAGCACUGCGUGACCCUCAGCAUGGUGGAGAUCUACAAUGAGGCUGUCAGAGACCUCCUGGCCCCGGGGCCUCCUGAGCGUCUGGCUGUGAGGCAGGGCCCAGGAGGCCAUGGGGGGAUCCAGGUGGCAGGCCUCACCUCCUGGGAUGUGCCCAAUCUGGAGACACUGUACCAGAUGCUGAGCCUGGGGAGGAGCAACAGGACCACUGCCACGACAGCCAUGAACCAGCACAGCUCCCGCUCUCACGCUCUGGUUACCCUGACGCUGCAUGCAGCAGCCCCACCACGGGGCCCAGGCACUGCAGGCACGCUUCACUUGGUGGACCUGGCAGGAUCUGAGCGAGCCUGGAAGGCAGGGGCGGCUGGCCCGUCGCGAGGAGAGCAGGAAGGCGCCCAGCGUCUGCGGGAAGCCCGGACCAUCAACCGCUCACUGCUGGCACUAGGAGGGGUGAUGGCUGCGCUGCGGGCCCGGCGGCCCCACGUGCCUUUCCGCGAUUCACAGCUCACACGCCUGUUGCAGCCAGCGCUGGGCCCCGGCGCCACUGCGGUUCUUCUGCUACAGAUCUCCACCAGGCCCGAGGAUCUUGGUGAGACCGUGUGCUCCCUCAAGUUUGCCGAGCGAGUGGGUCAAGUGGAGCUGGGCCCAGCCCGGCGCCGCACAGCCCCGCGCUCGGGGACACCCUCCUCCCUCAGCACUGACACACCACUCACAGGGACUUCCUGCACUCCCACGCCAUCCCCCGGUGGACCCCCAAGUCCUGGCCCAGACAGUGGCUCCAUCUUGGCCUUUGCACCCCAGGAGGACCUGCCACUGUAGCCCUGCCCAAGGAGCCUUGGGUGGCGCCUCUGCAGGCAGAGGCAGCAAAGUCCCUACAAGUCUCCACAACCCCCAGAGUUGCGCCUACCCCACCACUGGUCCUGCAAGGAGUGUUAGGUCUGGGGAAAUGAUUCCCCCAGCUCCCACCUUAUCACCAUUUGCUGUUAUCAGCACACAGCAGGGGAUCCCAGAGCCCAGGGAGGGAGGCAGACCCUGGUCUGGCCAAGUGGUUACCAGUCAGUCUUGCCAACAAAAAUCAGACUCGGCUAGUCAAAACGUUGUCGGUUCCUUUACUAUCUAUCUUCCUUGCUACCACCACCAAAACCCAAGUAGGUUUCCUACUCCCUAUCCCUCUUCCCCAAAACGGUGCUACCUUCUAACAGUUGAGGGAAGACAGGACUUCAGUCACCAUUAGGUUCUCCCUCCCCCAGCCUGCAGUGAGGGAGGGGAGGUGACAUGGUGAUGGAUGGCUGGCUGGCUGGCUGGACGGACAGAGGGCCAGGAAAGGUGGAACCAGAAAAGGGACAGGAAGGGCUACUCUAAGCAGAGCCCCACUCUUCCCUGCCUUGCCUCUGGGGCUGAAGAGAAGCAUGACUGACCACCAGGGCCAGGGUGGUACCCAACUGGACCACAGUCUUUAAUGGGGUAGUCCAAUAAACUGUGGGCUCCAGCAUGGCUGGUGCCUGAUGUCUCAAGA